AAACACUGGGAAUUGGUAUUUGGGCCUGCAAUUGGACUAUUUCCUUUUUUUUUUAUAGGCAAGGGAAUCCUCUCAGGAAUAUUGGAAGGUUAAGCCAGAGCCAGAAUCUCCUUGGUUAUUGGCCUAUGUGCCUAUAAGGAGCUGCCACAGGGUGCUGAGGGACAAAUAUGGGGAGUUUUCUCCUCCAGCAUUCCGUGCUGAUUUCCCUGUAAGCUUUUGGUGCAACUGGACAAUCUGGGCAGGCUCCAGGAAGCACAUCAUAAUUCAUAUCCGGGGAUUUAUUGCUAAGGAGGCUUGCAACAAAAAUGAAGACAAAAUUCUGUUUGAAGGAGUCUCCUCCCUGGUGGAAAACAGUGUUGUUUAUGCCUGCUGGAAAAAGGAGAUGCAUGUUUUUGCCACCUUUGCUCAGGCUGUCCAUAUUGUGCUGCUGAAAAGGUACUUGCCAAACCAGAGAGAUGCAGGAUUUAAAGGGAAGUACUACAUCUUCCAAGACCAGCAAGGUGACUCUUCCUCCAAAGAUGAUGCGAUUUCUGGAACUUCUGCUUCAAAACUGCCAAAGAAAGGUGGUAUUUUUCAGUCUGGCUGGGUUGAAAACCUUAGGGAUGCACUGGGCUUUGCAACCACGCGUGGCAGCACCACCACGAUGCAGGGAAGAGGGAUCCCUCUGGACACCACAGCUGUGGGAAGUCCUGCAGAACUUAUCCCAUGUGAACGUGCAAGGACACAGGCUCUGGAAACAAAAGCUCCUUAUGGGCUGGGGUCUGAGCUGCUGGGGACUCAGGAAGCCCAAGGCAUGGGAACACCUGAGGGAAUAAUCCCCACCGCAGCACAGGAUGUCUGGGGGCAGAAUCCCUCCCUGAGUGAGGACCAUGCUGUGAGUUUUGGUCCUGUGCACAGCGUGCUUUUGGAAACUCCUUUGCUUGGUGCCUUCCAGGGAGCAGAACCUUUUUGGCAGCCAGCAGAUGUGAGUCUGGAGAGCAGCCAGCCUGUCCUGAACCCUACCCUGAGGCCAAAAGGUCUGCACUACCUGCAGUUUACCAUUAAACCAACAGGCACGGCUGGCCUGGACCUGGCUGCACACUCUGAGCCUCUGUCCCCUGGCACAGGACAAAGCCAGGAGGGCACAGGUCCCACCAGGGGCAGCCAGCUCAGCACAGCCAGCCUGGGGAAGGAUGGAAGCCGUGCCCAGCUGAGUGUCCCAGCUGAUGGCCUUGCCAAGGCCCUGAUGCCCAGCCUGAGGAGCCCCAGUGAUGUGGUCACCAGGGACCACCUGCAGCUGCUACCUGCAAGAAGCCAGAGCUCUGGGGUGACACCAGCUUUCCUGUCUGACACCAGAGAGGAACAUGUGGUGCCUGGGCAGCAUCAGGACAGUGCUGCUAGUGACAAACCAGCUUCUGUCUCCAACCUCAGGGGAUUUAAAAAGCAGGGAACCACAGAAGCUGUGCAAGUGGGUGCAGGACAGAAGGUAGCUGCUUCCUUCAGCACCACUCCUGCACACCCUGCUCUGCCUGCAGCUCCUCGGGGAGAAACACUGCCAAGAGACCAAAAGUCUUGGGAGCCCUCUGGUGCGCCCAGGAACACCCAGGUGCCAGAAGGACAGCAAGGGAAACAUGCUGAGCUGGGCCCUCCCUGGGUAACCGAGUACUUUCCCAUCAGGAGCUGCCACCUCAUCUUCCAGGAUGGGUCUGGCACGUUUUACCUCCCGCUGCUCCAUGCUGACAUCGAGGCCAACGUCUGGUGCAACUGGACCAUCUGGGCAGGCCCCCAGAAGCACAUUGUCAUCUAUGUCCAAGGGUUCCAGGGCAGCGGUGGCUGUGGCAACAACCAGGACAAGAUCAUCUUCCAGGGGGUCUCGUCAAGCGUGGAAACCCAAGUGGUGUUUGCCUGCCACAACCGAGGCACUGUGAUCUUUGCUGCACAAGCCACUGAGGUCCAGGUGUUGUUUCUGUCAGGGAGGGGUUCCAGAAGCCAUGAGUACAGGUCUUUUAAAGGACAGUAUUAUGUAUUCAGAGAGCCUGAAUCUGUGGGCUCCUCAAGUGAUGCUGUAGCAGCUCCCCAGGAGCCUGUCCAGGAGAUCUCUCAAAAAGAAAGCUGGAGGACAGAGAUGACCAAAGGUUUAUUGUCCAUGCUGACAGCUCCUCCAGGCCCACCAGCUGUGCCUGCUGCCGGCAGGAUCCAGCCUGACACUGUGAUCCCAGAAGAAGUGGCUGAACAUCCUCCUGAUCUCAUGGAAGAGGGUCAGUCUGGUGCUAACCUGAGUGAGCGUGGUCAGGAUGAAACCAGGCUGGAAAGGAACUUUAAGGACAGUGGCAGCAAGGGCAGAGAAACCGAAGAUGACUUGUUGGUGGAGCCAGCUCCAGCUGGGCAAGACACUGGGGGUAAAGCUGAGCCACCUGCCCUGGAGCUGACCAAGGGGGACACAGAGCCAGGGACUGCUCUGCUCACCACGGUCCCAUGUCACCCAGCUGGUUCUCCUUGCUCAGAGAUGCCCAGCAGCAGUGUAGGUGUCUCUGACACAUCACCUACCCUGGGUCAGGCCAGCGACAGCCCCUCAGAAGUGGCAGCUGCUGCACAUCACACACAGACACCAGUGCUGGCAGAGCCACCACUAAACACCAGCACAAACCCACCUCUCUACCCCUCUCUUGGUGUGACUGCUGCUGAUGUGGCCUCUCUGGAAGGAAGGAAUGAAGACCUCUUUGGUCUGAUGUCAUCUGUGGAGAAUGACACAGGACUGCAGUCCCAGCACCAUCCUGGAGAUGUGCUGUUUGAAGUCACUGCUGAAAUCAAACCCAAGGACUGGAUUCCUCACAGUGGAAGUGAGUUCCGAAAGGGUCUCCUCGAAUCUCUGAAGAAUCAUAUCCAGAAGAACCUGAAGCUCUCUGCCAACAGAGUCAGUGAAAUAAAGUUAAAGGAUGUCAAAAGGGCGGGUGAUGCCAACCUGCUGCUCACCUUCUGGCUGCACCUGGAGCCCGAGGAGAGGAACGCAUCCCUGCUCCUGCACUCCCAGCUGGAGGAGCUGCUCGGCACCUCUGCGGGCGUGGAGCAGCUGCAGCUUGUUUCACUGUUCGUUGAAGAUGUGAACGAGUGUCAGGCUGGGGUUGGCCUCUGUGGGGAGGAGGCAGAGUGCUUCAAUGGCGUGGGCACCUACUUGUGCCGCUGCAAGAAGGACUACGAGGACCGCUCUCCCACCAAGUCGGGCACGCUCUGCGUCCGCACUCCCCGAGCAGGGAUCAGCACCUUCCUCCGCCACGCUGACAUGCUGGUGGGGGCAGCCCUGGUGGCCGGCCUGGUGAUGCUGGUGGCCUUCUGUGUCCUCUGUGUCACCGUCCUGUGCGGACGGGCCCCCGGCAGGAGCCCAAGGCCCGAGGAGCCGGCCGUGAGGGAGGAGCCGGCCAUGGAGCUGCAGAGCCUGGGGGAGUGCCUGCAACUCGAGCCCUUCCAGCUGAAGCUGAGGGCCAGGACCCCCGAGUGGCUCUGGAGUGUCCGUGCCCACCCUGGCCAGGCAGAGCAGACUUUCCCAGAGCAGCUUCCCUCACUCUGAGGGGUGCCAGGCCUCAGAGACCUCUGUUCCCGCAUUUCCCUGGGUUUCUGACACAACCACUGGCCGUGCCAAUCCUUCCGCUGUGUUUUAUGGACCAUGAAUAUCCUCCAACAGUGUUCCUUGUGUGGUAAUUUAAUUUUUUUAAUGCUUGCUUAGCUUGGGGAACAAAAUGUUUGCUCUGCACCGCUGUAUGUCUGCUGAUUCACCCUGCUUGAGAUCUGCACAGGAAAAUUAAAAACCUUUUUUUUCUUAAGAAA